AUGUCUCUCAAAUACCUUGUCACAGGAGCUACAGGUGGCCUUGGUGCUCAGGUGCUCUCCUACCUUGUUGCCAAUGUUCCUGCUUCGGAAUAUGCCGCCGCCUCUUCAAACGAGGCAAACCGCAAGCGUUUCGAGGACCAAGGCAUUGCCUUUCGUCUGGUCAACUAUGACGACCCUCAAUCAAUGGAGACUGCAUUCCAAGGUGUAGAGAAUCUCCUUUUUGUCAGUACCAACACAUUCGAUGUUGAGAAACGUCAAAAGCAACACCAAAACUUUGUCAACGCAGCCAAGCAGGUGAAUGUGAAGCACGUUUGGUAUACAUCCCUCGCAUUUGGUGGCUUCAAAUCCGACUCUGAAGCCGACGUGCAACGCGCACAUUUGAUCACGGAAGAAAUGCUGCGAAAAGCUGAUAUCACGUUUACAUCGAUCCGUGAGGGCUUGUAUACCGAAGCUUUCCCAGUGUUCAUGGGUUGGUAUCCCAGUACCGACAAGGUAUAUGUAUCAGGCGACGGUCCAAUUGCAUUCACAUUACGGCAUGAAUUGGGCGAAGCAACUGCACGGCUAAUGAUCAAAGGUGGUCAUGAGAAAGAGGUUGUCCUUCUCACGGCACAACAGACAGUGACUUUCGCCGACAUUGUAGAUGUUAUCAAUGAGACCACGGGUCGACAGGUCAUGAUAGAGCAGGUUUCUCCUGAAGAGCUUGUGAGAAUCAAGGCAUCCGAUGAUCUGGGAGGAAAGUCCGAAGGCUUCUUUCAAGCACUAGCAACUUGGCAUGGGGCGAUAGCGAUGGGUGAUGCUGGGGUAACUGACCCGCUUAUGACGGAUUUACUGGGGAGGGAACCGAAGCCGGCCCGAGAGGCUAUUGCGGCGUUUUUGAGGGAAGAUCGAGACUAUAAGUGGCAUCAGAAUUAUGCGAAUCGCAGUUAG